AUGACAUCCGUUUCCAAACGCCAAGCAGAGCCUGAAGCUAAUGUGCUAUUUCCGCAUAGAGAUUGGGUCCCUGCUCAAUUGAAAGAGUCAGAUCCUGGAACAAACGAGGAAAAACCUGGGGCAAACAAGGAUAAGGCCCGCAGGCUUGUCCUGUGCCUUGACGGAACUAGCAACCAGUUCAGUUACGAUAACUCGAAUGUCCUUGAAUUCUUCAAAUGUCUUCGCAAGGAUGACAAGCGUCAAUUAGUCUAUUACCAGACAGGAAUAGGGACAUAUACCAAAUCUACCUUUGUCACCAAGCCAGUAGUUCUGGCGUCAAUGUUGGCCGAUGCGGCUAUUGGCUGGAAUCUCGAGGAUCAUGUUGAAGACGCAUAUCGAUUUUUAAUGCAAAACUAUAAAGCUGGGGAUAAAGUUUCGCUUUUUGGAUUCUCAAGGGGAGCAUAUACAGCCCGUGUACUCUAUGGUUUUAUUCAGAAGGUUGGCUUAUUACCACCCGACAAUCAUGCACAAAUUCCGUUUGCCUGGAAGGUCUUCAUGGGCAGUGAUAUUAACGGGGGUUUUGAAGAAUGUGCCAGAUAUAAGAAAGCAUUCUCACUACCUGUUGAGAUUGACUUUCUUGGUGUCUGGGACACAGUUGCAUCAAUUGGAAUAUCUGGAAAAGAGCUGCCUUUCGACAAGCCCUUGAAUGGGAAAGGUCUUCGUGUUUUUCGGCAAGCACUUGCAUUAGAUGAACGGCGUGCAAAGUUUAUUCCAAACUUUAAACUUACGGAUGACGGUACUUUGUCAAGGAGUGACUUCGGAACUGGAGAACCACAGGACCCAGUUCUCCAUGCACGGAGCCGGGAGGUCUGGUUUGCAGGUUGCCACUCUGAUGUUGGGGGAGGCUCUGUUCCUCACACGACACGUAACUCUCUGGCGCGCAUUCCUCUGCGAUGGAUGAUCCGAGAAUGCUUUCGCAUGGACACAGGUAUCAUAUUUGAUAAGAAGAUGCUUGCGGAAAUCGGAUUUCGCUCUGUACCAUUUCGCCCAGAGGAUAAACUUCGACAGGAGAAACAAGUGAAAGCUGCAGACGACGCACAGUCGCUCAUCAAAGCAAUUCAGGGGUUCUUUCUCUGCAAAUUAAUUGGCUAUAUAUUCGCAGCAUUGUUUUGGCCAGCCAUACGCCUGUUCAACCUCAUUAGGUACUCAAGACAACGUCACCCCAAACAAGGCGACCUCGAAGGGCAACACUGUGUUGACAACAAAGGAAGUACAUGUUCCUUCGAGGACUCUUACAAGCAGCGACCUAAUGACAGCAGGAAAAGUGAUGCAUGUACCAUAGACGAAAAUGGAACAGAACAGGACGAAGAACGACAAGAUGCAUUAUCUCCGAUUCAUGAUCAGCUAUCUAUGAGAUGGUUCUGGUGGAUACUUGAGUUAUGGCCAAUCAUCUUCCGUCUACAGAACUCGCAAGGUGGCCAGCGAAGUCAGUACGAGACACGGUUCAACCUUGGAAAGGGGCGCAAGAUAUAUGGAGAUGCUUGGAAUUCGACACCAAAGGAGACAGAAGACACGCGUCGAUCGAAAGAGGACGUCGAAGGCGCGUGGUGGAUAGAGGUGCAUCGCUCAGUCCUCACACGCAUCGAAGACAAGGAAAGUCGGUACAGGCCUCGUGCAUGGUUUAGUGUUCUCGGGAAGGGCAAAUUUCAUUGGAAGGGCUUGCGUCCAGAUUCAGAAAGCGAUGCAGAGUCGGAGAGUGAACUGGACCCAAGAAGUAGUGAGGAUUCAAGAGGCUGGCAUCUGAUUCGAUGGGUAGAUUAG